GGUGGAGGUGAAAGGGGGUGGUGGUGAAAGUUUGCCCCAUGGCGCUGGUGAUGGAGCCGGUCAGCAAGUGGACCGCAAGCCAGGUGGUGGACUGGAUGAAAGGUCUGGACGACUGCCUGCAGCAGUAUGUGUGCGUGUUUGAGCGCGGAGGUGUGUGUGGCGAGAGGCUGCUCAGGAUCAGCCACGCUGAACUGGAGGACCUGGGAGUGUCUCGCAUUGGACACCAGGAACUCAUACUGGAGGCCGUGGACCUGCUGUGCGCACUGAACUCCGGCUUGGAGACUGAGAGUGUUAGGACUCUGGCUCACAAGCUCGGCGCCUCAGCCAAAAACCUGCAAAACUUCAUCUCCGGACGCCGCCGCAGCAGCCAGUCUGAGAGCAGGACGUCACGGCGGCUCCCCAAUGACCUGCUGACCUCGGUGGUGGACCUCAUCACUGCCGCUAAGAGCUUGCUAGCUUGGCUGGAUAGGUCUCCUUUUGCUGCGGUGGCAGACUACUCGGUCACCCGAAAUAAUGUCAUCCAGCUCUGCCUGGAGCUCACCACCAUCGUGCAGCAGGACUGUACAGUGUUUGAGACGGAGAAUAAAAUCCUCCAUGUGUGCAAGACCCUGUCCGAGGUGUGCGAGCACAUUGUGUGCGUGUCGUCGGACCCACUGGUAUCCCAAUCGGCCCACCUGGAGCUGGUCCACCUCACCAACGUCAAACCCGCCGAAGGCCUGGGAAUGUACAUCAAGUCCACCUAUGACGGCCUCCAUGUGAUCACUGGAACUACCGAGGGGUCUCCAGCCGACCGCUGUAAGAAGAUCCACGCGGGGGAUGAAGUCAUUCAAGUCAAUCAUCAGACUGUGGUGGGCUGGCAGCUGCGCAACCUGGUGGGCUCGCUGCGCGCCGACAAGGGUGUCGUGUCCCUGACCUUGAAGAAACGGCCACAGAGCACGCUCAGCUCGGCUCCGGCCCUGCUCAAGAACAUGCGCUGGAAGCCCCUGGCUCUGCAGCCAACCAGAAGCCCGGGCAGCAGCUCGGCCACACCCUCAGACACCCCCACAAAGAGCUCCGCCCUCCAGGACCUUUACAUCCCACCCCCGCCCAUGGAACCCUACGCCCCCAGAGACGAGACGGGCGCCUUGUCCGGUGAUGAAGCGUCCCGCGGCCACAGCAGCAUCAGCGGUGGCGCCAAGCGAUCUGAUUCUCCCAACUCCUUCCUGGAUCAAGAGUCCCGGCGGCGAGAAGAUGAGGAGCCAGUUUACUGCACCACUCCGACAUAUGGCAGGCUCAGGCCUAUCUCCAUGCCAGUGGAGUGCAGCUGGGGGGGCGACUACGAAGACCCCGCCAAGCUUAACCGUGAAAGCCGCAGAGAGGCGUCGCUGAUGCGCUACGUGGGCCUGCCUGGCGCCGACCAGCGACUGGGCUCGGAGGACUACGCGUCCCACACGGCCCGCCCUGGCAAGCGGUCCAAUGACACGGCCAGGCGUGCCAAAAGGCGGAGCCACCACAGCCAAAGCCCCUCCCACUAUGUCCUCCAGGCAAAUCAAAGAGAGUCGCCACCGAGAGACCCCGCCUCCAUUUAUCACACGUACCAGCAGGCCUCUUCGAUGCAGACAAAGACUCGGAAGAAGAAUAAAGGACGCAGUUUGGCCGCCCUGAGUCGCAGGCGCGUGUCCUGCAAGGCGCUGGGCCGAGGCGACUGCGAGGGCUGGCUGUGGCGGAAGAGAGACGCCAAGGGUUACUUUUCUCAUAAAUGGAAGAAGUACUGGUUUGUUCUGAAGGACAACUGCUUGUACUGGUACAUCAACGAGGAGGACGAGAAAGCAGAGGGCUUUGUCAGUCUUCCGGAGUUUAAAAUUGAUCGCGCCAGUGAAUGCCGCAAGAAGUAUGCUUUCAAAGCGUGCCACCCCAAGGUCAAGAGCUUCUUUUUUGCAGCAGAUGGAGUGGACGACAUGAACAGGUGGCUGAGUCGACUGAACAUGGCCGCUGUGGGCUACGCAGAGCGAGAGAGGAUACGCCAGGAGCAAGAUUACUGGAGCGAGAGCGAGCAUGAGGAUGACGCCACCUCCAGCCCCAAACAGGACAGCCCGCCACCUCCAUAUGAUACCUACCCACGGCCCCCAUCGAUGAGUGCUUACCUGGAAGGACGAACGACACGACUGUCUUCCACCGAGACAUCCCGUUCACGCUCUUCCCAGGAAGACUUUCUCUGCGGCGAGCCGUCUGGGGCGGUGGCGGCGGCUGAGCCGCAGUACCACCCCGGCCCUAUGGGGGGCGACACCACACACAGCGGCAGAAGGUCGGGUGCGGGCAGCAGCAGCGACGUGCCGUACCGGUGUGACCCAGUGGAGUACCGUUCCAGUCCUGCAGGGGGCAGCAGUGACACCGGGUCCCCUGGCCGGUCGUCCUCAUCUCAGAGACGCUCCUGGCAGGACUUGAUCGAAACGCCGCUGACGGAAGCCGGACUGCACUACCUACAAACGGGACCACUGGAGGAUGCGGUCUUCAUGGAGCCCAGUCCGGCUGGCUCGACGUCCAUGAUGGCCGGGGCCGUUUACACACUCCCCGCUCCGAGGAACGUACCGUUGCCCAUAGCGAUGCAGAGGCUCAUUCCUAUGGCAACCCAAGGAGGGAAACCCCGCAGCUUCACGCUGCCACGCGACAGCAACCUACACAUGCUGCUGGCGCCGCCCGCCAAAGCCGAGCAGCAAACGCACAGCAGUGGCAGUGAGGGGGCGUCCCUCGGCGAUCUGUUUCGUGCGUGCGAACAAGGCGGCGUGUGUCCCCUCGGCCGGGAAUCAGAGGCCAGAGGUCAGUCGGAGUUCAGGCAGUCCUUCCUGCGGCGGACCGCCGACCCGCAGCUUAAUGAGCAUCUCAACCGCCUCCGCAUUCUCAACUCCACGCUGAAGGAUGUCCCGCCCCUGGACGCAGAGCUCCCAUCGGGAUGUUCAGAUUAGCCUGAAGGACGGCGAGACGACUCAAUGAGAAACUUGAGGUGUGUGUGUGUGUGUGUUCUUUUGACUCGAGCCGCAACUCCCUCCUGUCUUGCCCCUAAAAGGAGCUUAAAGUCCCACUGGGGCAAAUCCACAAGUUGGUGUACAGAGAAAACGUGUGCGGGCUGCCUCAAAGAGGAUUCCAUUUGCAGCAUGUUUGCCGCUAACAAUCACCGCCUAACAUUCCAAAGAUGAAAAGGAAUAAUGCAGCUUAUAUUGACGCCAUGAAAUGUUUAUAGAGUCCUGGGUGUCCAUGCUGUUGGAAAAGUGUAGUAGGUUGCUAUUGGGGACAAUGUCAAGCAGCUUUAAUAAGGUUUUUAUCAUAAAAUGAUCUUAAGGUGUUAUUGUGUUUCUUUGGCUAAGCCAGGGGUGUCCAAACCAUUUUUAUAUACACUAUAGUGGAUCUCACGCAUUUAUGAUGCUGCAUUCACAGCCCCACAAAUUUGUGGAUUUUUGGCCAAACAAAUAUAUUUAUUUGGCCAAAAAGCAGCUGCUUUUAUGUUUUUUCAGUUGGUAAUCAUAUAUAAAUAUGUGAUGUUUAUGUCUUUAUUGAUCAUGGCUUUUUUUUUUUUGGUAAGGGUUGAGAUUUAGCACUUUGUUCGGCGGUCCUUGAAGGCACCAUAGGCCAUGUGUCAUGUUUAAAGACCAAAACUUCUGUAUUGUUACACACGGACACCCCUGAGCUCGGCCUUAUAGUAUUUCUAUAAAUGAACUUCUGUGUUUAAUAAGGAAAUGAUGUAUUUAAAGACGUUACAGUAUGUGUACUAUUUGGCAUGUGUGUGUUUUGUUUUUGUUUUUUUUCAUUCUGAUGACAUUAUUGUGACUCUGUUCUUGUGUUGGAGAGACAAAAGAUGCCUGACUCAUGGUUAGACGAGCAAACGAGCACAAGGAGGAGCGAGAGAGGCGAGAAGCCAUGGCAACGCAUCCGAACUUGAGUACACAAGCCGCCAUACAGUAUAUACAGCACAUACGGUAUACUUAAUGACUCUGCCUCGCUGCAACGCUGCAACGCUGCACCACAACUCCAGCCUCUUUGCUCUACAUGCACAGUGUCAAAAAGUGUACUUGCCUUCACCAAUAAAUACUUAAACGUGCACAAGCGGACUGUUUGUUUUCUAUGCAAACACCUAGUCAUCUUGUUAGCAUGUUAGCUUUGCAGAAACAAAAAAAAAACAAAUCAGAAGGUGGCACUGUGCGGGUUUAUAUUUUAAUGAGCUGCCCCUAUGGCUCGUGUCCAAGAACGCUUUGGAGUACUUGCUAGUAUAAAGUACAUGUACAGCUAUCCUCAGAGUUAUUAGUGGCCAAUGACUUCUGGGCGCCCUGGAAGACGUUUUACUUGAUGGCAGCCAUGUUUUUCAUUUGACACACAUGUGCUUGUCAGUCCCUUUUAAAUUUGCGUACCAAAUUUCGUGGUGGUUCGGCAACCCACAAAGUUACAGUGGGUUGUUUGUAGAGCGGUGUGUGAGAAAUUUCAAGUCAUGACCACUGUGUGGUUUUAAUAAUGGA